UGUGGGGGCGAAAUUCGUGAAUACAAGACAAUCCGGGGGCAUUCAUCUAAACCACCGAAAGGCGAGGCGGAGAAGCAGCUAAGAAGAGACGCGUACGAGGUUUUGGGAGUGAACAGAAAUUCAACUGAUCAAGAAAUCAAGAGCGCCUAUCGAAAAUUGGCUUUAAAGUACCAUCCUGACAAAAAUGCAAACGACGCUAAAGCCUCCGAUAUAUUCAAAGAGGUCACAUUCUCGUAUAACAUUUUGUCUGAUCCAGAUAAAAGGCGGCAGUAUGAUGCAGCCGGUUUUGAGGCCGUUGACUCAGAAAGCCAGGACCUGGAACUGGAUCUUUCAAGCCUAGGAACGGUCAAUACUGUGUUUGCCGCGAUUUUUAGUAAGCUCGGAGUUCCUAUUAAAACUACAGUAUCAGCCACUAUUUUGGAGGAAGCAUUGAAUGGCGUAGUAACAAUUCGUGAGCUCACACUCGGGCAGUCUUUGUGUAGGAAGGUCGAGAAGCAAUGUGCUCACUUCUAUUCUGUUACUAUAACAGAAACGGAAGCACAGGCAGGAUUUGUCUGUAGGGUUAAUUGCUCAGACAAGAGCAAAUUUAAGGUACCUAAAUUUUGUGAAAAUAUGGGAACGUAUGUGGGGAUGUUUCUGUUCUCGUUGGAUUAG